AUGGCAGAGCAUGCGAAGUCGAGCUUCAAAUCACGCGUAUCGGGCGCAGCAGGAGGCUCAGGAGCAGCAUCCACAUCAGCGACACCUGCCCCGCCAUCACUAUCAGAGACGCUCUCCUUCCAUGCAGCGCCCAAACCGUUCAAAUCGCAUGAGUUCACCGCACGUAUGACCAAGAUGUCGUCCAACCUGUCGAGGCGCAACAAGAGUCUCAAGCAGCUGUUGCAGAGCGAGAGGGAAGCAGCCAUGCGUGCAGCGGGCGCCAAGUUCAAGGAGAGGAAGCGCAAAGAGGCUCUGCCGCAGAAGUCGAGACUGGUAGGGGCGGCACUCCAAGCCGUGGCGAGGAGAGAACAGAGGGAGAGGCUGGCCAAGGAAGCUGCGAGAGCGGAGCAAGGCGAAGAAGAAGAAGCAGCAGCAGCAGCAGCAGCGAUAGACGAGUCAGAGGUGAAGCUGGAGUCCAAGGAUACAGAUGUCAAACAAGAGGAGGAGGGGCCCAACAAGGUGGAUGGCGAAGCGGAAGAACAGGCCGAGACCACGGAUGGCGCGCCGAAACGUGAUAUCCCGAGCUACUAUUCUGUGGAAGCGCCACCGAGCCUUCGACCCGCAAAAAAGUACUGCGACGUGACCGGCCUGAUUGCGCCGUAUACGGAUCCCAAGUCCGGACUGCGAUACCAUUCGGUCGAAGUGUACGAGAUCAUCAAGCAGUUUGGACCGGGUGUCGACAAUGCGUACCUCUCUCUACGCGGCGACGGGUCUCAGAUCAAAUGA